GUAGACGAGAGUCCGUGUCCGUGUUCUAUUGAGAAAAUACCAUAUAUAACUCGCAAAUACUUUUGCUCCACUGCACAUUUCUGAGCGUUUGUGAGGGUUUUGGAUUUGAGUUUGGGAAAAUUAUACAGCCAUGGCGACGUCGCCGACAUCAUCGUCUUACUCGUCGUCUUCAUCGCCGUUUGUUGCAUCGUCGUCGGCGGAGUCGAACUUCUCCGGCCUUCCGGUGAUGGCACUGAGGGACAGAAUUGUCGAGAAGAUUAUGGAGAAUCGAGUUACUCUCAUCGUUGGCGAAACCGGUUGCGGGAAGAGCUCACAAGUUCCGCAAUUCUUACUAGAAGAAAAUAUGGAGCCUAUACUUUGUACACAACCAAGAAGAUUUGCUGUUGUAGCUGUUGCAAGAAUGGUGGCAAAAGCUCGUAAUUGUGAAGUAGGUGGAGAGGUUGGGUAUCACAUUGGUCACUCAAGGGUCUUCUCGGCUAGGUCAAAAAUUAUAUUUAAAACGGCAGGUGUAUUGUUGGAUGAAAUGCGAGAGAAGGGAUUGAAAGCGCUCAAAUAUAAAGUUAUUAUUCUUGAUGAAGUGCAUGAAAGAUCUGUGGAGUCUGAUCUUGUUCUUGUUUGCGUGAAGCAGUUUUUGCUAAAAAACAAUGACCUGAGGGUCGUUUUGAUGUCUGCUACUGCUGAUAUUUCAAGGUAUCGUGAAUACUUCAAGGAUCUUGGUAGGGGUGAUAGGGUAGAAGUGUUAGCAAUCCCUCCUAGCACGGGGAAGAGCAUCAUAUAUCAGCGGAAAGUGACAUAUCUUGAACAGGUAAUUGAUCUUCUUGGUAUAGAAUCAGAAGACCCCUCUUUGAAAUAUUGUUCUGGACCAAGCCCAAUCAUGGCCGAAGCAAUUUUCAAGCCUGAAGUCCACAAGCUUAUACAUGAUUUGGUGUUAUAUAUUCACAAAAAUGAACCAGAUAUUGAGAAGAGCAUUUUGGUCUUCCUUCCAACAUUCUAUGCACUGGAACAGCAGUGGUUCCUCUUGAAACCAUUCGGUGAAUGUUUCAAGGUUCAUAUUUUACAUCGGAGUAUUGACACUGAACAAGCUCUGAAAGCAAUGAGAAUCUGGAAAUCCCAUCGUAAGAUAAUAUUGGCCACAAACAUUGCGGAAUCUUCUGUUACAAUACCCAAAGUAGGCUAUGUCAUUGAUUCCUGUCGAUCAUUGCAAGUUUACUGGGAUACUAAUCGGAAAAACGAUUCUGCAGAGCUUGUAUGGGUUUCCAAAUCCCAGGCUGAACAGCGCAAGGGGAGAACUGGUCGGACUUGUGAUGGUCACGUGUAUCGCUUGGUAACAAGAUUGUUCUUUAAUCAGCUUGUGGAUUAUGAACCCCCAGCCAUACUGAGGUUGUCAUUAAGGCAACAAGUACUUCUCAUUUGCUGUGCUGAAUCUAGAGCCAUUAAUGACCCCAAAGUGUUGUUGCAGAAGGCCAUGGACCCUCCACAACCCGAUGUUGUCGACGAUGCACUGAAUCUGCUGGUUCACAUUCGUGCAUUGGAAAAAGCAUCUCCUAGGGGUCACCAUGAGCCUACAUUUUAUGGACGACUGCUUGCUAGCUUCUCUCUGUCGUUUGAUGCUUCUAUCCUCAUUAUCAAAUUUGGGGAAAUAGGAAUGCUACGUGAAGGCAUUGUAUUUGGUAUUUUGAUGGAUCUCCAACCUCUACCAAUUCUUUCUCCUUUUGGUCAGGAAAAUCGGUUUGUGGAGUACAUUGAUUACUAUUAUAGUGGAAACAGCAAGGACACUGGUUUGGGUAGGAAGGAGAUGCUAUAUAUGGGAAACUUGAGUGCAUUUCAGUUCUGGCAACGUGCUUUGAAGGACAAAUGUCGUCUUGAACGACUGAAACAGAUUCUUAAGGUUGAUAAUGAGGAAAACGCUCAAAUUCUUGACUCAAAGGGACUGCUGAGUGUGUUGUUUGCAGAUGAUGAAAUCCUCCAUUCUCUGCACCGGGUUCGACCCAAAUUUCUGGUUAUAUCUGAUAGUCUUCCAUUUUAUUAUGAUCCAUAUGUCUGGCACACGUGCCAACUUGAAUGUGAGCAAAAAGGGGAAACGGAUACACUGGCUGUAGAGGAUGAACACCUUGAGCUUGAUAGUGAGUUGAGAAGAUGUGUUGCUGUACCUUUUGCUGGAUGCAGUGAUUAUCAAAUGGAUAAGAUGGCUAGAAAUUUGGCAUUGAUCGUCAAAGAGAUGAGAACUCAAGUUACUGAGGAUGCAUCUGAAGAACGGCAUAGAUUCCUCGAUGAUGACAGACGUCAUGUUGCUGGAGGUGCAUCGAUGUGUAAAUUUUUCAUCAAUGGCUUGUGCAACAGGGGUAGCCAAUGUUUAUUUUCUCAUUCACUCCAAGCAAAAAGACCAGUUUGCAAAUUCUUUUUCUCCUUACAGGGAUGUCGCAAUGGAGAUUCGUGCCUCUUUUCUCACGAAUCUGGUACAACAGCAAUAUCCUGUAGUGACUUGAGUUUGUGCAGCCAAGAUGACAGAGACACUGAUGCAGCAUCUUUUGUUCGAUUUUUUCCUGAUUUUUCUUCGGAUGGAUACAUACUAUUAUUGGACGACUUUGAUCUUUAUUUUUCUACCCAUAUUUCUUAUCACUAUGACUCUUCCUGUAUAAUUUCCACAUCAUCUCAACCAGAUCCCCUCAUCCCUGAUCCAUCGGGCAUCAAAAUUUUCUGGGGACUUAGUCAUCCAUAUCAGACAAUCAUGUCCAGAGCAGGGGAAGACACAGUUCCAUGGAGUAAAGUCAAAUGCGUAUUAUGGUUUCCUAGAUUUGAUCAUGAAUAUAAGGAAGGACAGAAAAGCUCCAUACAAACGUUCUUUGAGUAUCUGGCUAUCCGAUUGUUGGCAGAGUCCCUGCAAGAAGUGGUAGUAAUCCUAACCAUGAACAAUAUCAGAUUUUCCCAAUUACAGGUGGAAAAGUUGGCAAGGGACAGUUUCUUCCUUCUAAGAGAAUCAUUUCCAUUUGAUGAAUCAAGCUUUGGGCAGUUGUUUGAUGAGCUGACAGCUAGAAAAUCAAUGUCGACUUCAAAGCCUGUUUCAUACGUUUUUGAUCUGCAUCCACCUACCGAAGUUCAGUUUGGCGACUAUAAGAUGCUUUUCCGUCAAUAUUUGCAUCCUACUUUGUGUCCUAUUUAUUAGAAGUUAUCUGCGGGAGAUUGUGUGUAUACGAAGUUGCUUGUUGUCUUCCUGGUGAAGGAAAAUUUAGAGUAGUGGUAAUUAUAUUCAUGACAAACUUGUUAUUUGUUGCACCAUAUUUCAAUUGCACUCAAGGCUCAACCUUUAUGCUCCAGUAAAACUUAUCUCCCUAUCUUUUUUUCAUUUCUUAUCUUCAACCUUUAAUUAAUUAGCACAUCUUGUCUUUGGUAAUGGUUUCAGUCAAAAUCUUCCUUUUGUGUGUUAAACCAAGUGAAAAAUAAUGUCGCACUUUUACAUUUAUUUUCCUUUUAUAAAUAUGAUGGUUAAAUAAGUUAUUAUAUGCCCUCAAUAGACUUUUUCGUUGAAAAUUGUUACAUGAGAUGAGAAGUGCUGGUGGAUGCUAAUUGAUGAAGGUUGAGAUAAAAAUGCGUUGCAAAAAAUCAGGGAUGCAAGAUUUAAUGAGCAAAGAUUGAGAAUCUUAAAUGAAAUUAAAAUAUGGUAUAACUAAUAAAACUGUAGUAUGAAUAUAAUUACCCAUUUAGUUAAGAGGAUCUUAGAAGUUUGUGAAGCAUAGACGGUAUUACCCUUUAUUUUGUAAGCUAUGGAGGCACAUCAA